AUGGACUAUCUUGGAAUUGGUGCUACUAUUAAAGUUGUUCUUGACAAACUGCUUUCUCUCACUAUUGAGGAGGCCAAAAGUUUAAACAAUUGCAAGAAAAAUCUCAAAAUACUGACAAGGUAUGUAUCCAUGAUCCAAGCUCUGAUUCAUGAUGUUGAAAGACGACAAGUUGACGAUCAGACUGUUGAAAAAUGGCUUGAGAUGCUUGAGAGAGUUGCUGAAGAUGCUGAAAAUGUGUUUGAUGAAUUCAGAUAUGAAUCUCUCAAAGCACAAGUGAUGAACAUCCGAGCCAAACUAAUCCAAAAUAUCCGUAACUUCUUUUCUCAUACUGCUUGUAAGUAUAAAAUGUUUGGAAAAAUCAACAACAUCAAUGAAGAGUUGAGGGCUAUCAAUAAUUUAGCUAACGAUCUUGGUCUCCAAUUACUGAUGGUUCCUUCCCGGCAAAUAUUACCAAUUCGAGAAACAUAUUAUGUAGUAGUUGCUUCAGAUGUUAUUGAUAAAGACAUGGAUGUUGCUAAAAUAAAGGAGAAGAUUUUGAACAUGAGAAGGGAUGUUGUUCUGUGCACCAUUCCCAUAGUGGGUAUGGGGGGGUUAGGGAAAACUACUGUGGCUAAGAGAAUUUUCAACGACGAACACAUCAAACAACAGUUCGAAAAGAGAGUUUGGUUGUGUCUACCUGAAAUGUUGGAAACAAAGAGCUUUCUUGAACUGAUCCUCGAAUCACUGACAAAGAGGAAAGUUGAGGUCCAAAGCAGAGAUGUAAUAGUCAAGACGCUACAAGAUGCAUUGGGAGAAAAAAAGUAUUCGCUUGUCUUGGAUGAUUUGUGGCGUGUUGACUCUACAUCAUGGCAUGAGUUCAUAGACACCUCGAGAGGAAUCAAUACAUCCAGAGGAAACCACAUUCUCGUGACUACUCGUAUUAAACAAGUGGCAUCCACAGUAGCAGUAGAUCUUCAUAUGUUGGGAAGAUUGGCAAGAGAUCAUUGUUGGUCCAUUUUCAAACAAAGAACAUUUGUUGAUGGGGAAGUUCCAGAGGAAGUAGUGAGCAUGGAGAAUAAGAUUGUUAAAAUGUGUCAGGGUCUACCACUGGUUGCAAGUGUAUUGGGAGGCCUCUUACGCAACAAGGAAAAACAUGAAUGGCAGGCGAUUCUUGACGACAACCCCCUUGUUGCAGGUGAAUAUGAUAACGGGGAAAAUAGCUUAAAGAAAAUCCUAAAACUCAGCUAUGAUUAUCUACCAUCUCCACUUCUGAGAAAGUGUUUUGCUUACUUUGCCAUUUUUUCAAAAGAUUUUGAGUUUGAAAAGGAUCAACUAAUCCAAUUCUGGAUGGCAGAAGGUUUUCUUCGUCCAUGUCAAGAGGCCCUUGUGAUGGAAGACAUUGGGAACAAGUUUUUUCAACUUUUAUUGCAAAAUUUCUUGCUGCAAGAUGUUAAGCUAGAUGAGCAAGAGAAUACAACACACUGUAAGAUGCACGAUCUUGUGCAUGAUUUGGCUAGAGAUAUCUUAAAAUCUAAACUAUCUGAUCCAAAGAGCGUUGGAGGAGAAAAACUUUCUCAAGUUCGAUACUUUGGAUGGGACUCACCAAGGGAUCAAAUAGAUAGGACAAAUGCGCCAGAACGUUUGUGCACACUAUUAUGGAGAAGCAAUUAUGUGUCUGAAGAUAUACUAUUGAGCUUUAAGUUCUUGAGAGUUUUAAAUUUGUCCAGUUCAGGAAUCAAGGUGUUGUCAGCCAAAAUUGGCAAGCUAAUAUACUUGAGAUAUCUUGAUCUCUCCGACACCAAGAUCAAAGUCUUGCCCAAACCCAUUUGCAAGCUCUACAAUUUGCAAACAUUUAGAAUUAAUAGCUGUUUUUCACUCAAGAAGCUUCCAGAAGAAAUGACAAAUAUGAUAAGUUUGCGACAUAUAUAUUUCAACUAUCAUUACCAAUCAAAUCUUUAUUUUGCGGUUUGGGGAUCAAGGUUUAUUGAUCAGUUUCAGAAGCCACUUAAUAUGGGGCAAUUGACAAGUCUUCAGACGCUACCAUUUUUCUACCUAGGUUUAGAGAAAGGUCGUCAAAUAGAAGAAUUAGGUCGUUUGAAAUACCUUAGAGGUGAAUUGACCAUCAAACAUCUCCAGUUAGUCGUAAAUAAAGAAGAGGCUCGAACAAUAUAUUUGCAGGAGAAAUCAAAUAUCUACAAGUUGGCAUAUUUAUGGUCCCAUGAUGAAUCAGAAGAUUGUGAGAUCAAUGAUGAGCAUGUGUUAGAUGGUCUUCAACCACAUCCAAACUUGAAAACCUUAACAAUAGUGGACUAUUUAAGAACUAAAUUUCCUUCAUGGUUCAGUGAAGGAUUGCUACCAAAUUUGGUAGUAUUGAAAUUAAGUGGUUGCAAAAGGUGCAAGGAUAUUCCAUCGCUUGGCCAAUUGAAGUUCCUUCGACAUCUUCAGCUGAUAGGAUUCCUUGAAUUGGAAUCCAUCGGACCAACAUUUUAUGGUGUUGAUGUUAAUGAUAAUGGAUCAAGCAGCAAUAAUCUCAAUAUCCAAGUGUUCCCAUCAUUGAAAGAACUAGUGUUGAAGAAUAUGUGUAACCUUAUUGAGUGGAAGGGAGAUGAACUUAGAGUAAGAAUGUUUUCUGGGCUUGAGAAGUUGAAGAUUACAAAGUGUCCACUGUUAAAAAUUACUCCAAGUAAAUUUGAAAUCCUCUAUGAACUAAGCAUUGAAGGAGUUGGCAGUGAAAUGCCAUUAUUGAACUUGUGUAGCAACUUGAAAUCUCUCGUAAAGCUAACUGUGGAUGAUGUGAAAGAGCUCACAUGUCUUCCUAAUGAGAUUCUACGCAAUAACGUUUCUCUUCAACACCUAUUGGUCUCACUCUGUAGAAAAUUUCGUGAAUUGCCCCAAAACUUGUACAAUCUCCAUUCUCUUAAGAGCUUACGAAUAUCCUUCUGCCCCAAUUUCAGUUCUUUUCCUGUUCCCACUGGAGAUAAUUAUUUGACUUCCCUCCAAAGUCUUGAGUUAUGUCAUUGUGAUAGAUUGACCAGUUUACCAAGUGGAAUGCUAAAUCAUUGUCUGUCUUUGGUAUCCUUGAAUGUCAUCAAUUGUAACAACUUGGUUCCCUUCUUUUUACCCGUACGGAGCCUUCACCGCCUAGGGAUAUUGCGAAUUGGUUCUUUCUCAGAGAUGGUGGAUUUUGAGGCAUUCCAAUUGAUUUUUAAUGGCAUUCACCAUCUAUUAUCCCUUCGUACAUUGGAGGUGUGGGGACACUUGCACUGGGAUUCUCUUCCCUAUCAGCUUAUGCAACUUUCUGACCUAACAACGAUCCAAAUACAUGGAUUCAGAAUUGAGGGUCUUCCUCAUAGACUUCACAACCUUACUUCUCUUGAAAGAUUAAUGCUAGAGAGGUGCAAGCGGCUACAACAUAUGGACUUCUCAGAUGCCAGGCCCAAAUUACGGUAUGUGGUGAUCCGUGAUUCUCCAUUGUUUGAAGUUGUCUUAGAUGAGCUUGGCAAUCUUGUUUCUUUGCAAGAGUUAAGUUUUUGGAACUGCGAAAAACUAGAGAAUCUGCCAUCCAGAGAUAUCAUGCUACGCCUCACUAAAUUAUGGAACCUGCAAAUUGGUGGCUGCCCACUGUUAGAAGAAAGUUGCAUCAAUCGGAGUGGCCCAAACUCCAAGUGGUUCAACAUUUCCCAUAUACCAAAAAUUGAAAUAGGCGGGAGGAAUAUUCACCAUCUGAAUUGA